AUGUCUUUUCAAAUUUCCUUCGAUAAAUCGAAAAAACAUCCUUCUCAUUUGCAGUUGGCAAACAAUCUAAAGAUUGCUCUAGCGCUCGAAUUUGCAAGCAAAAAUUUGAAGCUUGUGGUUGACGAUGAUAAGACUACCAUAGAAUUACGCAGCACAAAAGAAGAGUUCGUCUUGUUCGAUGCCAAUGCUAUCUUGAGAUAUUCCAUGGACGAUUUUGAAGAUCAAGCUUCUGACAAGUACCAAUUUGCAUUGGCAUCUCUACAGAACCUGUUAUACCAUGUAGAACUGCCUCAACAACACGUCGAGGUUUUGACAAAUAAGGCGAUUGAAAACUACUUGGCUGAGUUGAAAGAACCAUUGACUGCUACAGAUUUGAUUUUAUUUGCUAACAUUUAUGCCCUAGAUUCUUCCCUCGUUCUAUCUAAGUUUCCAGAGUUACCAGCUAAAGUACACAAUGCUAUAAAAUUGGCUCAAAAACAUAUUCCGCGUGAUUCCUCUUCCUUCAAAAAUACUGGUGCAGUGAAAAUCCAGUCCAAUUUAACCGUCAAGCCAAAGGAUGCCGAAAUUCUGCCCAAGCCAAACGAAAGAAACAUCUUGAUCACUUCGGCCUUACCUUAUGUCAAUAAUGUUCCACAUUUAGGUAAUAUUGUUGGAAGUGUUCUUUCUGCCGAUAUUUUUGCACGUUACUGUAAAGGACGUAACUACAAUGCUUUGUUUAUUUGCGGUACAGAUGAAUAUGGUACUGCUACCGAAACCAAAGCUUUGGAGGAAGGUGUGACACCAAGAGAAUUAUGUAACAAAUACCAUAAAAUUCACAGUGAUGUUUACAAGUGGUUCCAAAUUGGAUUUGAUUAUUUCGGUAGAACGACUACUGAUAAGCAAACAGAGAUUGCUCAAGACAUUUUCAUGAAACUGAAUUCGAACGGUUACCUAGAAGAACAAUCUAUGAAACAAUUGUACUGUCCAGUCCAUAACUCCUAUCUGGCAGAUCGUUAUGUAGAGGGUGAAUGUCCAAAAUGUCAUUAUGAUGAUGCACGUGGUGAUCAAUGUGAUAAGUGUGGUACUUUAUUAGACCCAUUUGAAUUAAUCAAUCCACGCUGUAAAUUGGAUGAUGCUUCCCCAGAACCCAAAUAUUCAGAUCAUAUCUUUUUGUCAUUGGAUAAAUUAGAGACCCAGAUUUCUGAAUGGGUUGGAAAGUCUUCGGAAGAAGGUAACUGGUCGAAGAAUUCAAAAACUAUUACACAAUCAUGGUUGAAAGACGGUUUGAAACCACGUUGUAUUACGAGAGAUUUAGUUUGGGGUACACCAGUGCCUUUAGAAAAAUAUAAAGAUAAGGUUUUGUACGUUUGGUUUGACGCCACUAUUGGUUACGUUUCUAUCACUGCAAACUACACUAAAGAAUGGAAGAAAUGGUGGAAGAAUCCCGAGCAUGUUUCAUUGUACCAAUUCAUGGGUAAAGACAAUGUUCCUUUCCAUACUGUUGUUUUCCCUGGUUCUCAAUUGGGUACAGAAGAGGACUGGACUAUGUUACACCACUUGAACACCACAGAAUACCUACAAUACGAAAACGGUAAGUUUUCUAAAAGUAGGGGUGUCGGUGUCUUCGGUAACAAUGCUCAAGACUCAGGCAUUUCUCCAAGUGUUUGGAGAUACUACUUGGCAUCUGUGAGACCUGAAUCUAGUGAUUCUCAUUUCUCUUGGGACGACUUUGUUGCUAGAAAUAACAGUGAAUUGUUGGCUAACUUGGGUAAUUUUGUUAAUAGGCUAAUCAAGUUCGUCAAUGCCAAAUACAACGGUGUUGUUCCAAAAUUUGACCCCAAGAAGAUUUCCAAUUACGAUGCUUUGGUCAAAGAUAUCAAUGAGAUUUUAUCCAGUUACGUUAAAGAAAUGGAGCUUGGUCAUGAAAGACGUGGUUUGGAGAUUGCUAUGUCACUGAGUGCCCGUGGUAACCAAUUUUUGCAAGAAAAUAAGCUAGAUAAUACUUUAUUCUCACAAUCUCCCGAAAAAUCUGAUGCUGUUGUCGCAGUUGGUUUGAAUAUCAUUUAUGCCGUCAGCUCUAUCAUCACACCUUUUAUGCCAGAAAUUGGUGAAAAAAUAAACAAAAUGUUGAACGCCCCAGCCUUGAAAAUUGAUGAUAGAUUUAAUUUGGCUAUCCUGGAAGGUCACAACAUCAAUAAGGCAGAAUACUUGUUCCAACGUAUCGAUGAAAAGAAAAUUGAUGAAUGGAGAGCUAAAUAUGGUGGUCAACAAGUGUAA